CUCACGACAAAUAACGUCCCUUUUCUCCGCCCCGAUCAUUGGACGCCACGGAGACAAACGCCGCAGCGAACCAAACAUCGCCUCCACCUGCUCUCUCCCUUCUGUUUCCCUCUCUUCCUAUUUCUCUCUCUCUGAUAUCCGUAAGUACACAGUAGCAAUCAAGACAAGAUAGCCACGGUCGGCGAGAGCGGCGGACGCGAGACAUGAAAAACCAGCCUUUUCUCAACGAUCCUGCUGCCUACCCAGAGUUCUCCCUCCUCAUCAAGCGCCAGAGCCUGCAGCACGCGAUACGACAGACCCUCCAUCGGCAAAGGACGAGUGCUCUGCUUGUCGUAGUGGCGAUGUCCAUCGCGGCCUCGGGUGCAGACGGCAGCGGUGGCAGCAGCAGCAGCGCGGAGUGGGGGGUGUACCUCGCCAAAGGCAUGCACCUUGCACUCCUCCAGAAGCACUUUGGGGGCAUGGUGUCAGCGCUGGGAUGCAUGGUGAUGGGGACCGUAACGUCGUUCUUGGUGUACCCCAUCUACCAGCGGUGUUCUCCAGCGGCCAUUCAGAAUCCAAGAGCCCUUCCGUGUCGGCGAGUGUCUAGCACAACAGCCAAGACGAUCGCCGCCGCCGUUCCGUCGAUGGCCGUGUGGGCCAUCGCGGUGUACGCGGCCGGGGUUUACCGCUGGGGCAUCGCUUCGGGGCUAUGCGUCGGCCUGCAGUGCGCCGCUCUUACGCUCAAGUCGGUGUCGUUCGUGCAGAAGGCUCGCCCUGUCGCCGCUGAAGCAGCGAUCGCCGUGGCGGCGGCGCAUGAAGACCUUGAUGCGGCAGGGGUGGCAGAAAACGCAGACGAGGGCGACCGCGCAGCGGCUGCGAGCGGAAAAUUAGCAAUUUCUCCUGCACGUAGAAGUGUUCUUCAACGGGAUCCUAGGUCAAAUUCACCAAGCUCAACGGCGAACGGCGACGACGGUUGCGCCCACGCGGCCAACCCCGCCCUCACCUUCCGAGAGUUCGCGUUCUUCCUCGUGCUGGCCCCGUCCCUGGUGUGUCGGCCGCAGUACCUCAAGUCGGGGGCUCGAAGGCCACCUCGCGUCGCCGCCGCCGCCUCCGAGUUCUUGCACGCGGGUCUCACCUACGUCGCGGUGCACGUGGCCUGCUCGGCCCUGUUCGCCCCGGCGCUGCGCGUCCUGGCGGAAGCCCUGCACUCUGGGGGCGUCGCCGGCUGGGCGGACGAGGAGGACUGGGCGGAGUUGCGCCGCACCGAUGGCAGCGGGUGGUGGUUGCACGACAGCAGCAGGAGCAUCGGCUCGCUCUUUGCGAGCGGCGGAGGAAGUUGCGUGGGUGGGGGGGUUGGUUGUGUCCCCGGGUGGACCUUUGCCGACGACGGGACGGGUCAUCCGGGCUUGACGGUGGCCAUCGCCGCGUGUCUCGGUGUGUUCGUCUUCUCGCCGAUGAUGCACUUCUUGAUGUUCUACGCCUUCUUCCACUCGGUGUGCCUCGGCUGCGCGGAGCUUUACGGGUAUCCGGACCGGAAUACCUACGGCCCCUGGUGGCUGGUUGUAGACGAUGUCCGCGACUACUUUCGCCUAUGGUCGGCGCCCGUGCACCGGUGGCUGUCGGAGAGCGUCCAGCGUCCGAUGAUCGAGGUGGGACAGCGGGAGGCACUCCGCCACCGUCGCAGGCGUGUUGCCAGAGAAGAGGACAAACCGCCCGCAACCAACGGCAAUAGCGGCGGCUCGAAUGGCGUCCAUGACUAUCGGCCGAAAGGGACUUCAUCGACCACUGGGGGCAAGGCUCGGCACGGUGCUGAUGCGGGCAUAGUGACGCGGUGGUGGCUGGCUUCGGUCGUAUGCUCGUUCCUCGUGUCGGGCGUAGUGCACGAGGCCGUUGGGUUCGUGGCCAUGCGGCGCACGGUUUGGCCGUUCAGCACCUUCUUCCUCGCCGUCACCGCGUCCAUGGCGCCCUUCUGGGACACGCUGUUCCCUGUUGUGGCGGACACCAGCACCCCCGGCACACGGCCUACGGGCAGGCGUGCGUUCACAUCCAUUGCCGCUGCUGGCGGUGACGGUGUUGGAUUCUCGGCCGAAACGGAAGCGGCGAAUUCUGCAGCAGUGCCCCGCACGGCCGCGAGACCAACCACAGCGAAAGGCGCAGUCAACGCGUGUAGCGGGAAUGGUAUCUGCGCUGAGAACGGGGAGGCCGCGGAUGGCCAGCAUGCGGGCCACCCUUCGAAGGAUGUUGCGAACAAGAACGGGGUUGUGACUGGGCAGCAGGGGAGUGAGGCCCCACGCUUGGGAAGGAAAGAACCUCUCCGGCCUAAGAUUGGCCGCCGGAGAGGUUGGGCAGCUGUCGUAGUCUACGGUGGGAUGUACAUGCCCCUAACUUUGGUUGUGGAUUAUUGUGUGUGGCAGUGGUGGCGACACACCCAUAUGGCCGAGUGAUUUUGUGACAAGUGUCGGAGCUGCGGGAGUCCCGCGCCCUAGCUCUCGAGCAACGUUGCUGAUUGUACAAACCGGAGUGCCUCGUGGAUCACGGAAUGUGUUCGGUGAUUGGGAUUGUCUAUGUGGUGAAUGGUUCCAAAUUGACAAUUGAUGUUGUUCGAGUCUCUAGCCCUCAAUGAGCAACUAGGCUAUGUGUUGUACAUCGAUUGUUGUAUUUCCGAGCUACUCGUUCUUGCUAUGCAGGCUAUGCAGACCACAACGGUUGGUAGGUCUACUGGAGCGAGCGCUGGUUGAGAUACAGUGAAAACGCAACAAGGAGAGGUAUAC